CGCUUUGAUCCUCAUUAGUUAUCUUCAAAAUGUCAAACGUCGUAAAAAACAGUUUGACGAAUGGUAUAAAGAAACGUCUGAAAGAAUCGUUCUGUUUAAUGGACAGCGAUGCUGACGGUUAUUUAGAUUACAAUGAAAUGAAAGCUGCUUUGAGAGCUCUGGGUCUCGAAGUAAAAAAGUCUUACGUUUUAUCUGUGAUACGAAUGUACGAUAAGUACAAUUCCAAUAAGAUUUCCUUCGAUGAUUUUAACUACGUUGUGUCGGAAAAGUUAAACAAGCGAAAUCCCUUCGAUGAAAUUAAAUAUGCCUUUAAAUUAUUUGCAAACGACGCGAAUGGCAAGAUAACAUUAGGAGACUUACAAGAGCUUAAUCAAAAGCUAAAUUGCAAUUUGACUAACGAGGAGAUGGAGCUUAUGAUCACAGAAUUCGAUACAGAUCAAGACGAUGCUAUUAAUCAAACAGAAUUUGUAGAUAUCAUGAUGGACCUUGUGGUAUAAAGGAAUCUCGUUCUUUUCUUCGUGAAUAUAUCUGUCAAUAUUGUCACGAUGAAUGUCGGAAUCAAUUGGGACGAUGAACAUCGUCAGUUGUU